AGCGGAACUCUAUACGCGCACACAACAUAUAGAUACAAUUAUACAAACACCGCCUACGGCUACCCUAAAUCCCUAAUUCCUCCUGCUCACUGUAUCCCUAAUUCCUCCUGCUCACUGUGAGUCUCCGACGAAUUUAAAACCCUAGUUUUCAAUCUAAAACCCUAGUUUUCCAGAACGCCGGCGACACAAUGAAAAGCUUCUCAAAACGGCGUUCCGGAGGCGGCGGAAGCAACGGUGGCUUCGAGCGAAUCCUACGCGGCCACGUGGAAAAUUCGUACAACAACAACAUCACCACCGUCCACGAGAUCGUCGAUCAUCUCCGCGCCUCUUUUCCUCAGUACAGUCGCCAAAAGCUCCAGCCUUUUACUCGCAACGUCGAUCGCUCUCUCUCGAACAUUCUCGCCGAGAGGAGAAACUCGAUUUUUGAUGAGGAAGACGCGCUGGAGGGGUCUCCGGCGAAGAAGAGGCUGAGGAGUGUUGAUAAGAGGGAGGAGAGAUUGAGAGAGAUUGAAAAGAAUCAUGUGAUUAGGCAGAGGGCGAGAAAUUCGGUUUCGGAUGUGACGGAGGAUGAGGAGGAGAGUGAGUCGACGUCGACGAGUUCGGAUAAUAUUUAUAGUGAGAAGUUUGAGCCAGAGAUUGAUUUGAUGAAAUCGAUGCUUCGGAAUAGUUAUAGCGGGAGUAAAAAAGGCGAGAAUUCGGUGAAAUUGAAGCAGGCGAAUCCGGUUAGGUUAGAGGAUAAGAAUGUGGAAUUGGACAUUAUGAAUGAGAAAAUUAGUAAGAAGCUCGAUUUUGGGGGAGGAGAGGGAAGUGUUAGAGGUGUGAAGUUACAGAAGAAGAAAUGUGGAGGGAGUGGUGAGGAUGAGGUGAAGAGGAAAGACGGACCGAUGUUUAAGGAUUUAGGAGGGAUGGAUAAAGUGGUGGAGGAAUUGAAGAUGGAGGUGAUUGUUCCGUUGUAUCAUCCGCAAGUGGCUCAUUGUUUAGGAGUGACACCGGUGAGGGGGAUUUUAUUACACGGCCCACCUGGGUGCGGGAAGACUAAGCUUGCGCAUGCUAUUGCUAAUGAGAUGAGGUUUCCUUUUUAUAAGAUUUCCUCGACGGAGUUGGUGUCUGGUGUGUCAGGUGCAUCAGAAGAGAACAUCCGGGAGCUGUUCUCAAAAGCUUACAGGACUGCACCAUCCAUUGUUUUUAUUGAUGAGAUUGAUGCGAUUGCUUCUAAGAGGGAAAGUCUACAGAGGGAAAUGGAACGCCGUAUUGUGACACAACUGAUGGCAUGCAUGGAUGAACCACCUAGAAUUGCAUCACAAAACGAGAAAGAUGGCAGUUCAGAAAAUUCUGAUUCCAGACCUGGUCAAGUUUUGGUAAUCGGCGCGACCAAUAGGCCUGAUGCUGUAGAUGCUGCAUUAAGGAGGCCAGGGCGAUUUGAUCGUGAGAUUCUGUUAGGUGUUCCAGAUGAAAGUGCGAGGGUUGAGAUCCUUUCAGUGCUUACAAGUAAACUAAAAGUCGAAGGUGAUUUUGAUCUCUUGAAAUUAGCUAGGUGCACUCCAGGGUUUGUCGGAGCUGAUCUGGCUGCAUUAGCUAAUAAAGCUGGAAAUCUUGCCAUGAAGAGAAUCAUAGACCAAAGGAAGUCUGAGUUGUCUAUAGAACCUUUAAAUAAAGAAAAUGCUGAAGAGUGGUGGAGGCGUCCAUGGUCCCCUGAAGAGAUGGAGCAGCUUUGCAUUACUAUGGAUGAUUUUGAGGAAGCAGCUAAGAUGGUUCAACCCUCUUCAAGACGUGAAGGUUUUAACAGUAUUCCGAAUGUAAAAUGGGAAGAUGUUGGAGGGCUUGAUUCACUGAGGAAGGAGUUUGAAAAAUAUAUAGUUAAUCGAAUAAAAUAUCCAGAAGAUUAUGAGGAAAUGGGGUUGCAGCAGGAGAUGGGAUUUUUAUUAUAUGGGCCUCCAGGUUGUGGUAAGACUUUAAUAGCGAAGGCUGUUGCUAAUGAAGCAGGAGCGAAUUUCAUACACAUAAAGGGCCCUGAACUGUUGAAUAAGUAUGUUGGUGAAAGUGAGUUGGCUGUCCGAACAAUAUUUAGUCGUGCAAGGACCUGUUCUCCAUGCAUACUCUUCUUUGACGAGGUGGAUGCUUUGACAACGAUGCGAGGAAAAGAAGGCGGAUGGGUUGUAGAGCGUCUUGUGAACCAGUUAUUGUUAGAACUAGAUGGUGCAGAGCAGCGACGUGGUGUUUAUGUAAUUGGUGCCACAAAUAGGCCAGAGGUAAUGGAUCGUGCUAUCUUGCGACCUGGAAGAUUGGGAAAACUUCUGUAUGUUCCUCUGCCAAGUCCAGAUGAGAGAGGAUUAAUAUUAAAAGCACUUGCUAAGAAGAAACCCAUUGAUGCCACAGUUGACUUGGUUGCCUUCGGGAAGAAUGAUUCUUGCAGUUACUUAAGUGGAGCUGACCUUGCUGCAUUAAUGGAUGAAGCUGCAAUGGCUGCAAUUGAAGACAAACGGCAGGAGCAAAAAAGUUCAAAUGGCACUCGAUGUACCAUAAAAACAGAGCAUUUUGACCGAGCACUGAAAAAAGUUCCGCCAUCUGUCUCAGUCAAGCAAAACGAUUAUUAUGAGCGUUUAAAACAAAGCUUUAGUCCAGCAUGUCAGCCUGAAGCUUCUGGGACUACAAGUUUUGUAUAAUGAGGUGGUUCUAGCUUUACAAACAAGGUGCAAGGCAGCUAAACCAGCUCCAUACAGAGUUUUUAUAUAUAGAUUAUUGUAUUCUUAUGUUUAGUUAUGAUCGGCUCUAUAUUUUCUUAUUGUGACAAUGUUGCCAACAUAUUUAUGUACAAUUUUGGAAGGGACACCAAAUUUUGUGUGUUUGGAAGGGACCGUAAACUUACUUUUCUGGACAUUUUAGUGCACAGUGCUUAAACUGCAGUAAAGCUCAGUGAAUACGUUGCAGUAACAGUGAUAGAGGUGAUAUUUGAUGUGAUAGUUGUAUUAUAGUUUGUAUGAAAUUAUGAUCAGACCGAACUACGGGGAAAUAAUUGAAGUGAUAGCAAUUGUGUAAUUCUAUAGUAAUGAAUCCGCCGAGAGGUGUGGUCACUGCA